CAUUACACUGGGCGAACGUCUUCAGUUUCGUUGUCGCGACAGUCUUCUUCUCGCCAGUGACAAAGUGAGGUGACUCGGUGUAAAAAUCCAGUUCAAGAAGCAAUUUGUUAACAACUACGCUAAGAUUGAGACAUUCGUCUUUCCUGCCACUUCGCUGACAGCAUCAGUAUUCACGCAAUGGAAUUGCUGGAGAUUAGUUCAGCGGACAAGCGCCAAGAGCCGAGCGGCGAGGCGAUUGGCGAGAGUGAGAUUCUAAAGCCAGGUACGAAAAUCAAACCCACAAUCAGUGAGAAGGAGGUUGAGAAACUCGCCGAGAGAUUAUACGGGAUCACUGUGCUGGAGAUAAGCGAGCUCAUUUCUUACGAUGAUCGCAAUUUCUUCAUCAACGAAGACAGGAACAUCAAGAACCCCAUCAUCGCCAAUCACUCCAAUCAUGGGUACAUCCUCAAAGUCCUCAACGCUCUGGACUCCCACAAGCCAGGCUUCAUCGAUGCUCAAACCAAGAUGAUGCUCUUCCUGGCGCAGCAGAACAUCACAUGCCCAAAGCCAAUCAUGAACGUUUACGGCAAAUACUACUCAACAGAGCUUCUUGGCUCCACAAAGCACAUUGUACGACUCCUGGAGUACAUCCCGGGGAAGAUCUUCAAGGACGUCACUCCGACCAACAAUCUCUUCUACCAAGCGGGCGUCUUCGUGGCCAAAUUCGAUCGUGCCAUCAAGAACUUCACUCACGACGCCUACAAGACCCACAAGUCGCUCUGGAUGUUGGAAAACGUGUCGAAACUGGAGGAAUUUGCCUAUGCCCUCAAAGACAUUUCCAAGCAAGAGAUUGUCGAAGAAGUGAUUGCAGAGUUCAAGAAGACGGUCAUGGCAAACUUCGACAAGUUUGAGAAGGGAGUCAUUCACGGAGACUUCAAUGAGCACAACUUUCUGGUCAACCACUGCUCGUCGACGGAGAAUAAGGAGUACGCGGUGAGUGGAAUUCUCGACUUUGGGGACUCUUGCUACACCCUCUAUGUCUUUGAGUUGGCAAUCGCGAUGGCAUACAUGAUGCUGCAAACGGGAAAGCUAGAGACCGGAGGAUUCUUCUUGGCCGGCUAUGAAUCCGUCAGGCUUGUUCCUCAGCACGAAUUCAAUGUUUUGCGGGUGUGUGUGGCCGCUCGCCUGUGCCAGAGUCUCGUUCUGGGCAUAUAUACUCACACUCUGGAUCCGGAAAAUGAAUAUAUUCUCACGUCGCAGAAAAAUGGCUGGGAACUCUUGCAAUUGCUGUGGUCUGAAAAGACCGCCGACGAGUUGUGGCGCAACACGGCUGACGAAUACCUCAAGCAGAGCUACAAAUAGUACACAAACAGCUCCACUUGAAUACAUUCAGUGCCUUUUAGUAUAUAGAAAGAAACUGUGCGAGAGUAAUAAAAAAGUGACGAAAAUUGAGGG